AUGUCGAAGGUUCAAAAGCUGGGAUACUCGUCUUGCGCGGCUCUAGCUGCCUUGCUUCUGCUUCCAUGGAUUCUUGUUUACAAACGCGUUCCAACACUGCGGUGGAUAAAGUCGCGUCGCGUCGAACGCCAAAUUCUUCGACUGUCACACCUUCCCCCCGAGAUUCUGGUCGAAAUCAUGAAACAUAUCGAAUGGAGCGAUGUUCUGUCUCUCCGGAGGUGUUGCCGUACCCUUCACUCUGUGUCGAAGGACAGGGAGGUCUGGCUAUCGCUGCUGAGGAGAUACUACGAUACCGUCAUUCCCCGACCUUUUUUCCUGUCCAAGCCGCUGGAACUCUGUUCGGGUGAUGACCUCGAGGCCCGCGUCGUCCAAUGGUGGACUGGAUGGGAGGGACUGCGACCCACAGUGCAGACGUUCACCACGGAUGCGAACAUGUCUGACAACUGGGGACCGCUAUGCCCAUUGCCUGGCGAUCAGUUCUUCCUUUACAAGGGAACUGAUGGCUCCAUCUUCUACUGCAAUCCGGGCCAGCCAGAUGCCCCUAUGCAUCUCCUCGUGCCCUCCCCUUAUCCCUCGAACUAUAGCGUUGAAGUCUGCGUUGCGGUGGAUGUACUGGGCACGCAAGGCAUCGACGGGGCCCCAACCUUGUCCUCUGACUGGUCUUUCGAACACCGCCUCUUCCCUCCUGCUUUCAGGCUCGCAGUUUGUCGCUAUGCCAGGAGGACCGGAUCUAUUGAGAUCUGGGAGAUAAGGCCAGAGGUGGAGGGAGGAGCCAUUGGUUACUCGUCCCACCUUCUCAAGUCCUUUUCCGACAAGGUUCGACCGACAUGUUGUUCUCUGCUCGGCGACCACGUUGCGUACCAUUCAAGUUCAGCCAGCGCAACAAGAAUUGUUGACUGGACGGCGGUCGCAGACGAAGGGCCUGUCCUGGGAGUCAAUAUAGCACUUUCUUCACCCUUCUACAUCCUUCUGCUCCCCCAUCGAAGAAUCCUCGUGCACUCGUCUUAUAUCUAUCUUGUUGACUGGAAAUUAUGCCACCAGUCCGAGUCAUCACCCACUUCGCGUAUUCGUCCGCAGUGGCAGUCCACAGAACGGUUUCGCAAACCCCACCCUUACUCCAUCCCAUUUUACAUCGACAACUCCAUUCGAUUAAUUUGGUAUAGAUUGCAAUCUCGCGCCUUGACCGGAGUCAUCAUAUCCAAUGACUUGGAUGUAGCAGUUUCAGAUAGCAUCGCCUUCGCGCAGCUUGCAGAGUGCAGUGUUCCUGUGGCACAUGACGAACUGUGGUUUGACUACCGCAAGGGACUCUGCGUGUUCAGAAAGAUGCAACGCGCCCACCUCCUCUGCUAUAAAUGGCCGGGUGACAGCCUCCCGGAACCAUCGUUCUCCGAGAUUGCGUUCCCGCAGGACACGUAUACCAUCUAUGUCGACAAAGCUCAUGCGCGCUCGCGGGUGGUCAUGUUCAUCUACAAGCGACCGUGCAAGACUGCGUUCUUUGGAUGA